CUUGACGUCACAUCCUGAGGAAAGCUUUGCCUUCUACUUUUUGUUGGGACCUGGGAGAGAAAAUUAUCUUGCAGAGGUAACGAGGUGGGGGGGAAAGAAGAAAGAAACAAGUCACAAACCAUGGAAAUGUACGAGAUUGCUGUUUAGUCGUCUACAAUGCAAGCGGACGUGCUUUCACCGUGAAUUCAUACGAGGAGGAUUUUGUGUGGUAGUGUAACCCUCCCUCUCCCCCAUCAUGCUGAGUUUCCUGCGCAGGACGCUGGGGCGACGCUCCAUCCGAAAACAUGCAGAGAAAACUCGGUUACGGGAGGCCCAGCGUGCCACGACGCACAUCCCUGCUGCUGGGAAUGCAAAGUCUAUCAUCACCUGCCGCGUAUCCUUACUGGACGGGACAGACGUCAGCGUUGACCUGCCGAAAAAAGCCAAAGGUGAGGAGCUGUUUGACCAGAUCAUGUACCACCUGGACAUCAUAGAGAAAGACUACUUCGGACUGCGCUUUAUGGACUCUGCACAAGUGCCGCACUGGCUUGAUGUCACAAAAAGUAUCAAAAAGCAAGUGAAAAUUGGCCCACCAUACUGUCUUCACUUGAGAGUUAAGUUUUACUCCUCAGAACCGAACAACCUGCAUGAGGAGCUUACCAGAUACCUAUUUGUGUUACAGUUAAAGCAAGACAUCCUCAGUGGCAAGCUAGAAUGUCCAUUUGACACAGCGGUGGAGUUGGCUGCCUUUUCGAUACAGGCUGAACUAGGUGAUUGUGACCCAUUGGAGCAUAAUCUGGAACUGGUAUCAGAAUUUCGCUUCGCCCCCAACCAGACAGAGGACAUGGAGCUAGCGAUAUAUAACACAUGGAAGGAAUGCAGAGGUCAGAUGCCAUCCCAAGCUGAAAUUAAUUACCUGAAUAAAGCCAAGUGGCUAGAAAUGUAUGGGGUGGACAUGCAUAUGGUCAAGGCAAGAGAUGGUAAUGAGUACAGUCUGGGUUUGACACCCACUGGAGUUUUAGUGUUUGAAGGAGAAACCAAGAUAGGGCUCUUCUUCUGGCCCAAGAUCACUUGUCUGGAUUUCAAGAAGAGCAAACUGACGCUUGUGGUAGUGGAGGAUGAUGACCAGGGCAAAGAACAGGAGCACACCUUUGUCUUCAGGAUGGACCACCCCAAGGCCUGUAAGCACCUCUGGAAGUGUGCUGUGGAACACCAUGCUUUCUUUAGGCUGAGAGGGCCGGUACAUAAGAACUCUGCACGCUCUGGAUUCAUACGUAUGGGAUCACGCUUCAGAUACAGUGGAAAGACAGAGUAUCAGACAACCAAGGCCAAUAAGGCAAGGCGGUCAUCUUCCUUUGAGAGAAGGCCCAGUCGACGUUACUCCAGAAGAACCAUGCUGAACCGAGGAACAUACCAUCCCCAGGAUGUUCUUUCCUCAGGCAAUGGAGUCAGCUCUAGCAAAGGCAACAAGGCUUCUCCCAGUAGAGGUGCCUGGUCAGCUGUGCCUGUGGUCAGCCCAGUAACUGCUUCUGCCUGUGCGCCGAUGGAAAUCGAGGCUCUACCCAGGAGUCCUGGAGGAGAAAAGAGGAGUCUGCCCAUGGUUGCUGACCUGAUGGAGACGUGCAUUGAUGAUGUCCUCAGGGCUCCCGUCGUUCCCACAGUGGCAGCUACAGACGAGGCUGGACCAAGCAACGCCUUUGCUACCCCCAGUGUCACCGGGGAAGAUGUUCUCGGCCUCGCUGAAGCAGCAGCUCGUCUGAAGCAGCUGGAGUUGGAGAGCAGUCCGCUUCUUGGUACUCCAAAAAAUAACAUCAAUGUCAAUAUGGUAAUGAAUAAUCAGGAAGAUGUUGUGAAGCUCACAGAGAAGUGUGGUCUGAGCAGUACAGGCAGCAGUCCAGUUGUCACUCCACUGUGCACCCCAGAGGAUCUGAAGAGUAACAUCCUGAAAGCACAAGCCGAGGCUGCUGCCCUCAAGGGAUCUUUGGAGGAACACGUCGUAAUUGUUGGAGAUAAGAACUGUAACCUGCAGGAGGCCUCUGCCAGGUUGAAGGUGCGUACCGGGCGAAUGGGCAGUAACUCGUCUCUGUCCGUUAGCGGUCGCUCUGACAUCCAAGACUCCCGGGACCUGCUCAAGCCAGCCUCGCUGGUCUCAUCAGCAGGGGCCAGUGUCGAGAGGCUAGCUGAAGAUGGAAACCCCUCUGUUACCAAGAUGCCCUCUGAGUCUGCCAGCGAAAGCAUGGCACCAAAGGUUAAAGCAGAGGAAGACGACCUGCAAAACACCGCCCCACUGUCUGACAACCUGAUAGAUUUCACCGAUCCAACUCCUAUGCUACCACCAGUGCCCAAACCUCUUAUCACACCUCGCUGGAUCAUUCCUACAACUGUUCCUCCUGGCGUCCUUACUAACGGCGUGCUCGACUUUGACCCCCCCGCUAAGGUCCACCCUCUUCUCCCUGCAGACGGGGGAGCAGCUCUCACCCCAGUCCUCCCCCACCUCGCUCACACACGUAACACGAUCUCUGCCAGCACUGUGGGUCGGCAGCCAGCCUCGGACGAUGGAGCCAAACCCAGAGGUCUCCUGACCACUGAGCUCUGAUGGAGAAAUGAGGAGGAGCCAUCACAACAUUCAAAUCCCUGAUCGCUUCCCCACCUCACCCCCUCACCCAUCCACACACAAGACAAGCUGGGCCAGGUGUGCUGAACACUGAGGGCUAAGAGGAAAGUGGAACCAGGGAAGAGGCAGCUUACAAACACCACAAACUUAAUUUCACCAACACUGACAAACAGAGUGAACAAACUGAACUAAGUACACAGGAAAAUAUUAGAAAUAUAUGAUUACAGUUUUUCAUAACAUGACACAAAUACUAGUUUUUGUAGAACAGUUAAAACAAACAUGUAGCUCCAGUAUUGUCAUCUUAAGAACACCUAACUUGUGAAUCUCCUGUAUGAGUUCACUGUCAAUGACCUGCAAUUUACUUAAUCCAUCCAGUCGACCAAACCUCAGUCUCUCAUAACACCUAGCACCAUCUCCUUGUAGAUGACAAGUGAUGAAAAGUCUUGUUAUUCAACUUGUUUGCUACAAAGGGCAAGUUGGGACUGACACAAGAGAAUGGCAUGACACAGUAAGGUACGUUGCGUAAAAGCAUGAGGCUUACGACUCCAAGAGUAGGUUGUCUCUUUUAGUGCUGCUUUCCUCCCCCAUUUUUGAAUCUUCACUGGUUAUUCACACCACUGGAACUUUGCUACUCUGAGCUUUUGUGUACACGCACAGAUCACACAGCAUGCAGAGAUGCUGAAGUACACUGGAUGAAGGACUAAAAAGAAAAACCUAUUAAAAAAAAAAAAAAGAAGAAAAAAAAAGAAAGAUAGUGACUAAAAAUGUUGAUUCUAAGAGAUAAAAAGCCCUGGACUCUUAACAUGAUGAAACGUGGAUAUGAUACUGUACUGUCCUUGUAGCACACUACAAACAAAGGUUUUUAAAAACCUAGUCACUACUACAUGUCAGUCUUCUGUUGGCAGCCACUGGAUAUGAAAACUUUACUGGAUUAGUUUUUGCAACACUGGACCUUAAAAUCUUUUUUUUUUUUGUGCAAUGGAUGACAAUAGAGAUGACUACAUUGGUUUUUCAACUGAUGUUUUUAUUAUCCUGCUCUUACUUUUUUAAUGUUUUAAUAUUUUGAGAGAAAGAUGACUACACAAUGAUAAAGUUGAAGUUUUACCAUUUUGUCCAAAAUGUGAUCCUAUAUGUUUUUAUUUGAAAUCACUGCCUCUACCUGUGACAGAUUUCUCAUUCACACUACUUUUAACUUCUAUGUUGGCUAGGUAAAUGCAAAAGGCGUCUCAAUUGCUGUCAAAACCUUUUAACAACUAUGAUCCCUGGAGGUGGACACUGUUUCCACUUUUUGGAGUACAUAUACUGUUUUCACGAAGCCAGAGUUUUAAAUUUCGAUGUAAUACUAGUAUAAAGAAAUGAGGCAACAGGAUACUUCAAUACCAAGGCAACAGGAUAAUUCUUUUAUUUACCUUUUUUGUUAUUAACAACCUGCACACAGUGCUGUUACAGAAAAAAAUCACUAAACAUAUACCAACACAUUUGUAAAAAUGUAAAACCUCAAUUAACAUUGUUGUUACUAUUCUUAAAUGUGUUCACUACCUUGCAGGCCUACACAUUCUAUGUCAUUAUUGCUUUUAGUAGUUUUUAAUUUUUGUGAUGCUUCACUUGUUUAUGUUGCUGGAGAGAAUGCCAUAACAGCCACAGGUUGAGGACCAGUUUAUUUUCUUUACCGUUGUUUCAUCUGUGCAGCCUUGGGCUGAAAAUCUCAUUGUUGAUCUGUCUUUUUUUUAUAUAGCUUCGGUACUUUCAAUGCUAUCAAAUGUAUAAUUUACAGAGAUCGUAUCGUUUUAAACACGUAUCAAAGUAUCGACACUUUUGACAACCUUUUUAUUACCUAACUGGAUAUCUGAAUUCAUUUUAGACAGCAGACUGACCUUGUUAUACAGUAGAACAUGGCUCCUGGUAUUAACAUGCUGCAGUUACUACCCUGCCUUAUAGAAAUUAAUGUAUUCAAAUAGUCUCAUCUGAGAAUGCUGGAGAUGCCACAGAAUAAAAAGGUGUACAAGUUGUUACAUUCUCAA